AUGCACGUGACCGCAAUGGCUGCUGCUCUCUAAGCCUUGCAUCCAUUUGCGCGGCUCCGUGAACAUCAGUUUCUUUGCAGAAAACUCGCAGAGCUCUUGUCAGACUCGCACCGUCUGACGAAGCAGACCGUCCUAUACCGGGCCACUCCUCGUCUAAGGACUUCGGAAAAGAAGCACAGGACAAAACAUAAACGGCUCGGUUCGGGACUUCCACCAACCAACACGUCGGUAGGAGGAGUCAACAGCAAAAACUUUGCCAUUCAACAUUUGUUGGUCAUUUACCCCCCUCAUCAAUUCCCAGAACAUAUUUCUGAAUGCAAAGGCAUAGUGUUUUUCACUGAUGCUGCAUACAAAAUAUGAAUAAGGAAAUGGACCCCCAUUGCCACUCCCAAUCCCAUGGAGAUGUCCUCAGGCUCUUUAGUGAGUAGCUCCUCUCCAUCCAGGAAGAGUUGGACGGGGCUCUCAUCCGCAAAGGGAUUCCCAUCUAUUCUUAUGAUGCCUAUGUCACUGCCAUGGCAGACCACUGCUUUUGGAGGUUAAUAGCAGCCUGACACGGCUGUUUCUCCAGGGUUAGGGCUUUACCACGGUGCAAGGAGGAAGGUUGCCAGUCCGCUACAGGUGCGUUGCCGAGACUGAAAGUGAGUCUACCACAGCGAUUAGGGUCUGACCUGGGGCAAACCGGGCUACGGUGAGAACUAAAACCAGACGUCGUCAUAACGAUCCUCCUCCUCCACUCCGUCGUGUUGUUGUAUGAUCUCUGCUGAGUCACUGGAGAGAGAGAGAGAGAGAGAGAGAGAGAGAAGCUGUUAUCAUCCCAUCCUCCCAAGGCCUGAGAAGUCUAUCCAAUCCUGGACAAGGGGUCUGGAGUCCAUUGGUGCCAGAUGAUUCUGCCUAGCGACCUCCCUUAGUAUUUAUGUAAUUGGGUGUUUCAUUCAUGGUAUAAAAGCUUAGUGGCCUAGUCUACCUCUAUCUAUCUCAGCGGGACGCUCUUCACAACAAGGCAGAGGACCAGCCUUUUGGAAGAGAAUAGCCUAUAAGUUUCUCUGAAGUGUCCACCUGGAACAUCAGCGUAACCGAGCAGCUCCAUUUCACACACCUACACAAAUCCCUGUUGUUGUCCACCGUCACCCACCACCACCCACCUCUUCUUAAUUCAUUGGAUUACAUCGUCACCGGCGGUUGAGGUUGGGGGGGAUGUAGACCGACAUCGCCACGGAUACCUACAGGAGACUCUUUGGACUCGGCUCAAGGUCCGCCGAGCAGAACAUGGCGGGCAAGGGUAACCCCCGCCACCCCCCGGGGGGGCCAGGGAGUGCGGGGGGCCCCACUGUCUCUGUGGGGGGAUUCCCCAUGCCUCACUACUCCUACUUCUUCCCCCACAUGCUGGGGGGGCUGUCCCCUCCCACCCUCUCCGGACUGCCUGUCAACGGAUACAGCACCCCGUCGCCAGCCACCAUAGAGACCCAGAGCACCAGCUCGGAGGAGAUAGUCCCCAGUCCUCCCUCGCCGCCUCCUCCCCCGCGAAUCUACAAACCCUGCUUCGUUUGUGCGGACAAGUCCUCGGGAUACCACUACGGGGUCAGCGCCUGCGAGGGCUGCAAGGGUUUCUUCCGGCGCAGCAUCCAGAAGAACAUGGUGUACACCUGUCACCGAGAGAAAGGCUGCAUCAUCAACAAGGUCACCCGCAACCGCUGCCAGUACUGCCGCCUGCAGAAGUGUUUAGAAGUGGGCAUGUCCAAGGAGUCGGUGAGGAACGACAGGAACAAGAAGAAGAAGGAGGAGAAGAAGCCAGAGUGUACGGAGAUCUACGUGCUGAGUACCGAGACGGAGCAGAUGAUCGAACGCGUUCGCAAGGCCCAUAAGGAGACUUUUCCCUCGCUCUGUCAGCUGGGCAAAUACACCACGAAUAACAGUGCAGAGCACCGCGUGGCUCUAGACGUAAACCUAUGGGAUAAGUUCAGUGAGCUGUCCACGAAGUGUAUCAUCAAGACGGUGGAGUUUGCCAAACAUCUGCCAGGCUUCACCACCCUCACUAUCGCUGACCAGAUCACCCUGCUCAAGGCUGCCUGUCUGGACAUACUGAUUCUGAGGAUCUGCACGCGCUACACUCCAGACCAGGACACCAUGACCUUCUCAGACGGGCUGACCCUGAACAGGACCCAGAUGCACAACGCAGGCUUCGGCCCGCUCACAGACCUGGUGUUUGCCUUCGCCCAGACACUCCUCCCUCUGGAGAUGGACGACGCCGAGACCGGCCUGCUCAGCGGCAUCUGUCUGCUGUGUGGAGACCGCCAGGAUCUGGAGCAGGCAGACAAGGUGGACUUGCUACAGGAGCCCCUACUGGAGGCUCUGAAGAUCUACGUGAGGAAGAGGAGGCCUCACAAACCGCACAUGUUCCCCAAGAUGCUGAUGAAGAUCACGGACCUCAGGAGCAUCAGCGCCAAGGGAGCGGAGCGAGUGAUCACUCUGAAGAUGGAGAUCCCAGGCUCCAUGCCCCCUCUCAUCCAGGAGAUGCUGGAGAACUCAGAGGGUCUGGAGGGCCAGGGGGCCAGCGGGGGCCGCUCCAGCGGAGGAGGGGCCCCACCAGGCAGCUGCAGCCCCAGCCUGUCCCCCAGUUCAGCUCGCAGCAGCCCCCCUGCACCCUCCCCUUAGACGGGGGUCCACCACCACCCCCCAGACAGGGACAGCCAGAAGGCGUGACUACAGACUCCCACACUGUGACAAACCAGGCCAGAGUGGAGUGGGGUUAGGAAGAGGGCCAAGCCUGGGCCCAACCAAGAUGGACUUUGACACUUUGGGGGCAAACGUAGGCCUCGAUGGACAGCCGUCCCCCCCACUCCCCUUAUCUCAGACCCAGACCGGGCACCGAAACGGGGCCGAACCCGACCCCAUCAUACUUGACUGAACAAUAGGGGGGGGCGGGCGGGCAUCUCACUUGGAUGGCACUAUCCCCAUCACCCCCUCACCACAACUAUAGACAUGCCUCAGAACCAGCACCAGGGAACGGCUGCCCUGCCGCACAAGGAGUUUAAUCUGAGAUGUUCUGUUUACUCUCCUCAGUGACGACUCUCUGUUCCUCCUCUCUCCCCCUUAAGACAUUGGAGAGGAAUUCAGGCUCGGUGCCCGUCAGACCUGGGGUGAAGGGGUCGACAAGAUACACGUCUUUCUGCAGGGAACUAGACAGACAGACGGACAGCUAGACAUUGGGCACGAGUCAUCCCUAAAUGUUGUCAGGGACAGCAAACGGGGGGGCCCGAAGGGGGGGGUGCCUGCCUCACCUUCUCCUAUACAAGAGACUGAUUUUUUUUUCUUACAAAAGAUAUAUGGAAAUAUAAAUAUAUAUAUUGAAAAAGUAAUGAUUGCAAUUUGAAUUGUCCUAGGUGGAAUGAUGCAUAAAAGAGGAGUUGCUAUCUUUUUUCCAAAUGUUUUCCCUCACUGUUCUUUCGAACUUGUGAUCCCCCACCACCUCCCCAGACCUAGUGUUUUGUUCUCUCCGUUUCACCCAGGAAUAUCGGCACACUAAGUAGUCACAGUGGAAAUGUGUUUUUUUUUCUCUCCUCUAUCAAAUCAAUAGAUAAGUAGAACAAAAAUGAUUUUCAGAUGCAAUUCACUUUAUGCACUAGACCUCUUACUGUCACGUUCACAGGUUGGAUCAAAUUGAUACACAAAACACAAAUUGUACCAGGUUGGGUUGGCAUCUCUCUGUUCUGUUCCGUUUACAGUAUUUAGUUUUUUUUUUCGUGGCUGGAAAAUAAAAGAAAACAUAGUGGCUCUAAUGAUCGAGAG